AAACCGAACACUUCAAACUACCACCAUUUCCACGCGCCACUCUUCGCGCGUGAGCUUCCUCCCUCCCUAAAACGUGAGCGAGUCGUACAAGUUGAACUAGCUCUUCUCUUUCUGUAUCGAAACGCAACAACACAAACUAACAACCACCACCAUAACGCUUGUGUCGCUGAAGAUUGAUGACCAUAAACCCUUGAUUUCUCUCCCCAUUCUCUCAGAGAACGGCUGUUCAAUUGCAGUAUUCAUCGGUUGCUAAUGGAUUUGGAAGAGAAGUUCCCUGCUAAAGCAGCUGCACGUUGGUCUUGGAUUCCCCUCCAGGAGGAGUUGCUACAUUGUUGACUAUGGAGAUACUCCCCCAGUAUCAACUCUGUCAGAAUAUCUCUUUUCUUUUUCUUUUUGAAUGGUAGGGAGGAUCUGGUGCUUAUGAGGAAGGGUUAUGGGGUAUUCUAGUGCAGGUGCUGUAGCUACUACUGAUUGAUGCAUACAUGAUGAUUAGGUAGAAACAAACAUAACCUGGUGAGUUUUGCUCCAGUGGUUGGAUUUCCCUAUUCUUAAGUCUAUGUAUGAUGUUGUAAAUGAGGCUCAAAAGUGAUGAAGGAAAGUGGGUAUAUGUGUGCUAAUAAUAACACAGGUGUUAGAGUGAGAAUGAGGCUAUAUGUGCCAAGAGUAGCAGCAAAAGUUCGAAUUUGAUGAUAAUAUAAACAACUGGGGCCAUGAUUUUAUUUGUGAAAGGAAAUCAAAUAGGCUCUGUUGAAGUUGAUCUUUAGGGUUACAUUAAUAUGAAUGAUAGAGUCAAUUAUGGAAAGAUGAAGUUCUGUCCAAGAUUGAACUACACCAUCAUCACCCUUCCAUUCAUAUUUCACUGGUGGAGAAAUAUAAUUUAUUAUUUGUUGCAUUUAACUUUCUUUCUGGAUUAAACUGCUAUGUUUGUUAUUUCUCUUCAAUUAAUGUACACUAAAUAAGAGUUUAAGUUUCAUUGUUGACUCUAGUUAAAUUUUCCUUUCUGUUUCCUCUUCAUACUUUGCUGUUGGUUGUUAUUUCUGUUCAGCUUCUGGUAUUCAAAGCCUUUCAUCGAGUGUGCAAAGUACUCCAGAAAAAAAUAGCCAUUCAGAUGAUGCUUCAAGGAGUUCUGAACUCCUUCAGGAGUUCCUAAAAUCUGGUCCAAAAAAGGAGCUUCUACGAAUGUGCUUUGAUAAGGACAAAAAGAACGUUUCUUCGAAAGGCAGGAUGACUGAGACUAAGUCAACUGGUAAAAUUGUCAAGAAACAGGACUCAAAAAAGGUUUCUGGUCUCAGCAAUCAGCCUUCUAGGAAGCAACAACGCAAAGGCGAAAACCCUGUGCGGUUUGUACCAGCUCCAGAUCCACCUAUUGAGUUUGGACAUUCAAACUCCUGGAUCUGUAAAAAUUCUGCAUGCAGAGCAGUUCUAUCUAAAGAUGACACAUUUUGUAAAAGGUGCUCUUGCUGUAUUUGCCACCAUUUUGAUGAUAACAAGGAUCCUAGUCUUUGGUUGGUAUGCACAUGUGAAUCUGCUCAAGGGGACUCCUGCGGGUUGUCUUGCCAUAUCGAGUGUGCCCUUCAACAUGAAAAAGUAGGAGUUGUUGAUCAUGGACAACUUAUGCAACUCGAUGGUGGUUAUUGUUGUGCAUCUUGCGGCAAAGUUACUGGGAUACUUGGAUGUUGGAAGAAGCAACUAAAUAUAGCAAAAGAUGCUCGGCGUGUAGAUGUACUGUGCUACAGGAUAUAUUUGAGCUACAGGCUUCUGGAUGGGACUUCAAGAUUUAAAGAAUUGCAUGAAAUGGUAAAAGAGGCAAAGGCUAAACUGGAAAAGGAAGUUGGUCCCGUUAAUGGGGUUUCUGCCAAGAUGGCACGGGGCAUUGUCAGCAGACUCCCCAUUGCCAGUGAUGUACAGAAACUCUGCUCUCUUGCUAUUGAGAAUGCUAAUAAGUGGUUGGCCACUGUUCCUGAUGUAAAUCCAGAAUCCAGAGAGGGUUCCCUUCCCGCUGCCUGCAAGUUUGUUUUUGAAGAGAUAACGGCUUCCUCAGUCAAAAUCAUUUUAAUUGAAAUGUCAAAUGCAUCUUCUGAGGACAUUAAGGGAUACAAGCUCUGGUAUUACAAGAGUAGGGAGGAAUCACACACAAAAGAACCUGUUUGUGUGUUUCCCAAAUCUCAGAGGAGGAUUUUUAUCUCCAAUCUCCAGCCUUGCACAGAAUAUACUUUUCGGAUUGUAUCUUUUGCAGAUAUGGGUGACCUGGGUCAUUCUGAGGCCAAGUGUUUCACCAAAAGUGUUGAGAUAUUGGAGAAAAAUUCGUCUACAUCAGUUGCCAUGAAUCAUAAAAAGGAGAAUCUUCAAAAUGGAGGCAGCUCUUCUGACUCAAAAAUGGAGCCCAAUCCCUCAAUGGCAGACUCUGGAUUUAAGGUUCGAGACCUUGGAAAAAUUUUGCAUCUUACAUGGGCUCAAGAACAAGGUUGCUUGGAGGGGUUCUGCUGUGCUGAUAUGAGAAAUUGCUGUGGGCAAAGUGAAAUGAUCAAGCCCAGCAAUCCACAGGAGCAGCUGCCUUCAGUUUCACGGGGCCUUGAUCUAAAUGUUGUUUCAGUGCCUGAUUUAAAUGAAGAACUUACACCUCCUUUUGAGUCUUCCAGGGAUGAAGAUAAUGGUUGCACUUUGCAGCAGGCUGUUGAGGCAGAUGAUGAUGCUGCUUCUCAUGAUCUAGAGAAAAAUUUAGCAAGACCACAUGGUAGCGGUGAUUCCCAAACUUGGAACCAUGGGCCAACUGGAGAAGUGCCAGCUGUUGACUCUCGUGUAGAUGCUGGUAGGAAAAGGAUAACAAGCACAAAUGAAGAGACCCAUGAUUGUGACAGUACUUUGAUAAAUGAAUCUCCUAUACACGCAUCUGAAGGUUCGUUCUCCUUAGAUGAAAACUUUGAGUAUUGUGUGAAAGUAAUUCGUUGGCUAGAAUGCCAGGGUCAUAUCAAACAGGAGUUUAGGUUGAAAUUGCUGACAUGGUUUAGUUUGAGAUCAACAGAGCAAGAACGUAGGGUGGUUAAUACUUUCAUUCAAACCCUGAUUGAUGAUCCAAGUAGUUUGGCAGGGCAACUAGUUGAUUCCUUUUCUGAUAUUAUAUCCAACAAGAGGCGAAGAAAUGGAUUCUGCAAUAAGGCUGUUGCAUCAAGUUAAGGGUGUGGAAUCCUGUUAGUUGAGAUCGCUAAUUGCUUCAAGACUCCCACCAAUUCAAAACGACAAAUCACCCCAAUUGUUUCUGCCUCGUUGUACAGGCAUUUUUUAUUACUCACCGUGAUUCAUUUUAUUGGGACAAGUUUUGUCCUGCUAAAAGGAUUUGCAUUGAUGAUUGCUGAGACAGUAACUCAUUUUUCCUCGAGGGGAAAAAGGAUCAUUGGAUAUGAAGUCUCAGGAUGUAGAAGGCAAUUGGCUAUUUACUAAAUUACUGCAAUUAUUUUUCAAUUAUGAAAUUAGUCACGAUAGAUACUAUUGUUGAACUUUCAUCUCAUUACUUCCAUUUGACAAGCAACAUGAUGUAUGGCUGAUUUUAUUCAUCCUUUGUCAUUCUUUUGUUAUCUUUGGUGUUGUCACCCACUUCUCUCUAGUGUGCAGGCAGAAAGCUCUGCUUCACCCAUUGUGGAAAGAGUAAGGCUGCUUCUACUUCUACUAUGGUUAUCUUGAUGUGGGUCUGUACCAUGUAACCCAACUGUAACUUAAGUUGCUGGCACAUAGAAAACGUUGUAGUUGUGUGGGGCUCGGAAGCCAUGUUAAAACUAAGGAAAUGAUUAUACAGUUGCAGCUACUUUUUAAUUGAAUUUACUUAUAAAG